AUGGGUCGUAUAACUGCUGUACAACAUCUGGAACAGAAACAAAUUAAUCAGAGAAUCAAACCCAAGUGUGAUAUAAUCAUUCAAAAUAUCAGCGUUCAACCCACCAAUCAUGAUUGUUUUAACAAGUUUGAAGUAAAGUUGUACCUAGAUAACAUUGUCUUGAACAGUACUGGUUCUCCACUCUUCUUCAUUGAUCUAGACAUUGUAGAACUAAAUGCUUACAAAUCAGUGUUUGCCAAUUGCACAGAGGCUGUGAAAAAACUGCCACCCUCUUCAAAACAUGCCAAUGAAGCUGAAGUCUUACAGGCUGCCAAGAAAGCGACCAUCGAGGAAUUAGCUUUUCUAGAUCCAGAUUUACACAAGGACGAUACAUUUUUGUGCAAAGCGUGUGUAAAGCGUUUUGACACACGCUAUGAUUGGUGGUAUAGCGCUUACCCAAAUUGUGCCAAACAAAUGCAGAAGGAUCCCACAACUGGGCAAUUGGUUUGUCAAAAACAUGAAAGCCAAAUUCCGACUGCUUGGUACAAAGUCAACUUAGUUCUUGAAGAUGAAACUAAUGAAACAAAUGCUUUGAUAAUUGGUAAAUCUGGUGAAAAGCUAUUUGGCUCAAGCUGCAAAGAUUUAGUGAUGAAUCAAAGAUUGGUGGAUCAACAGCAACUCCCAAAUGAAUUCUCGAGGUUGAUAGGACAAAAGAAAAAUUUUCAUCUACGGUUUGGAACUAGGAAAAAUAAUUUGAAUACGAAUGAUCUUUUGAUUUCCAAUGUUUCUGAAGACACAACUGUGCAACCAACAACUCCACAGGCCUUGCUAAUGGAAAUUACAGUGUCUUCAACAACGGUUUCAUCUUCUACUUCCACACCUGAAACAAUUGCCCAAUCGCAUAAACGAAAAAGAGAAUCAGUCAGAAGGUCUCUUUUUACCAGCAGUGAACAAAGUGACGUGGAAGAAAAUUCAGAAGAAAAUCCAAAAGACUUUGAUGAAGUUCCAAUCAAAUUGUUAAGAAAAAAAUCAUCACUGAUUUGUACAAGGACAGAUCCUCUUGCUUUAAAAAAAGACUAGGUUGCUUUCCCAGUGGUGAAAAGUGCUUGACCAAAACUUCAGUUGUUUCAGACAUCAAAUUUACAGUCCUUUGUCAAUAUAUGUAUCAAACAAUCUCUCUAAUAUUUUUGACCAUGUAAAUAGCUCCCUCUAAUCUAGACAGCACAAUAUUUUUUGGUAUGUAAAUAAUUAUGUCUAACCUAGGGAGCAUAAUAUUUUUUGCAUGUAAAUAGUCUAGCACUUUACAAUCUUUAGUAUCUAAGUGCUUUCAUGCAGCACAAUGGAUGACUAUUUUUUGUAUGUAGAUUACCAAACAUUCUACAAUCUUUUACCCUAUA